AUGAGAGAGUCGAUCUACACGGACUGGGCAAACCACUACCUGGAGCGUAGUCGCUACAAGCGCUACAUCCAGGACCUGCAGAGCGACAUCACGGAUGGAGUGCUGCUCGCCGACGUCAUCGAUGCAGUUGCCGGUGUCAAGGUACCAGACAUCAACAGGAAGCCCAAGACAAACGACCAAAUGGUGAACAACAUCAGCGCUUGCCUCACGCACCUGAGGUCCAUCGGUGUCACAUUCGACGGCGUCACUUCCAAAGAGAUCCGCGAAGGCAACCUGAAGGCUAUCCUGGGCCUCUUCUUCAGCUUGUCCCGCUACAAGCAGGCACAGAAGGCGGCCGCCGCAGCUGCGUCCUCGGGGGGCGCGACCAAAGGCGCUUCGCGUCAGCACCUGCAGAGUUCUCAUGGCAGUCUCGCCUCGCCCACUGCACCCAGCACAAAGUCACCGCCAGACCUGAUGGCAGCCUCCAUGCACGCCCCAAACAACUGCUCGAGGUACGCGGCCUGGAAUAGUUAGUUUUUUUUUUUCCUCUGGGGACGGUUGAAAUCAAAUGAAAUCAUUGUAUUUGCCACCUUAUAAGCACGAUAAAGACACGAUUACUUGUUCUACUAGGUGCGCGGCGGAUAAAAAA